UCCAAAUCCGACACACGUACAACGGUACAAGUUAGGAAGCAACUUGAAAAAAAUUGAACCAGUUACGAUACCAUUCCCUUAAGCAAACCGCCAACUACCUCUUCCAACUGCCAUUCCCUCUUUCAUACUUAUUCUCUGAACGAUUUACAAGUAAAAGUAAAAGAGGAAAGACAAAACAUCAAGAAGACCAAGAAGACCUAAAGGCAAAGCUUUUGUUUUUUUCAAUGUCCGAAAAGAGUCUACGACGACGGCUCCCAAGAUGCCGGCGACCACGGCUAGCGUACCCACCAACGACCGCAAGGCUAGGGACGCCUCCUCCGCAUCGGCGAUCGGCGAAAAGGUCGUCGAAGCAUGGAAGGAUUCUGAAGCGAUGUGCUUCAGAGCCGUGUCUUUGGAGCAGCGUUGGUCAUGAAGAUCAGCAAAGGAGUACCUUCUUAUGGUCCGAAGGGGAAGGGGCGCCUUUGUUUAGGCCUCAAACUUGUAUUGACGUCUAUGCUUCUUCUUCUUCUUUAAUGGGUUUUGGUUCUCCUCAUUCUUCUUCUCCAAAGCAGGAUUUUGAGUUUGGGAUGCAGGGAUAUAACAAAGAUGCUAAGGUUGUAAUCAAUGUAUCAGUUGAAGGAAGUCCAGGACCAGUCAGGACCAUGGUCAAAUUAGGGUCCAGUGUCGAGGAAACUAUAAAUCUUGUUGUAGACAAGUAUGCUGAAGAAGGGAGAACUCCUAAGCUUGACUGCAGUUCGGGAUUGGAAUUGUAUCAUUCCUAUUUUAGCCUUCAAUGUUUAGAUAAAUCACAGUUAAUAGGGGAUGCUGGUAGCAGAAGCUUCUAUCUUAGAAGGAAUAGCAGUGGCCAUUGGAGCAAUGGAGCAUCUAAUUCUUUUGUUUCAGAAAUUGCUCCAGCAAGAGCCAACUGUCCUCCAGUCGUUCCACCUCCCACUUAUUUGUUUCCAGCUUUCAUAGCUAGAAAACUCAGAAAAAUCGUAAGAAGAACGCGUUGGCUCUGGAAGAUCUUGUUUUGCUUGAGAUGAUGAGGAUUGAAGGUUCUUCCAGGAUCAUACCCUGGUUAGAGUAAGACAACCUAUUAUCAUGCUGCUCUAACAACAACCAUAAUCACAGGAAUACAUAAUUCCAUUUUAUCAAAUUUUUAUUGCUUUCUCCCCCUUUUUAUUAUUUACCAUCAUUUAUAUAAUGUAAAUUGUAAAUACUAACUAGUGGGUUAUCAAUUUACUUGAAGAACAUGAUCCUGAUUGUCCUUUUUAAUUUUAAAAAAAUGAAAAAAAGAAAAGAGAUGUCAAGUUUUUCCAUUUUCUUUUGAAGUUUAAUUCUUGCUUCUUGUAACAUUACUUGAAUAUUAUUCAAACUCAUCAGCUUGAUGGGACGUUGCAUAAUCUGAAAAUAAACA